AUGAGUAAAGUGGCGAGGAGGCUUGCGAGUUGCGUGGGGCGGUCCUCGCUUGUGGCUGCCCAUACGGCACGACCCUUCUCCUCACUUGCCCAAGCAGAAAAUGGGCAAUCUGCACAAGUUCCGAGGGUAGAAAAUGUAGAGCUGGAACGAUUUGAGAUGGAUUACAUGAAGGCAGAACAGCCAGUCGUGCUCACGCAGGCAAUCGAUCACUGGCCCGCCCUGCGAUUAUGGGCCGAUCUCGACCACUUGCGACGGAGAGCCACAACAGAUGCCGCUGAACCCUCGGACGAGGUGGUGGUGCCCAUUGAGCAGGGAUCAACCUAUUUGGAUCCCGAAAUGGAGCAUCGUCACGUCUCCUUCACCUCGUACCUCGACAACCUCGAGAAGGCUGAGCGAGGCACAGACACAGCAUCGACCGGCGGGCGCAGUCAGGGCGCGGCCGUGGGCUACUUGGCCCAGUUCCGACUGUUCGAUGCCAUCCCCUCUCUUCAACAGGACUUUGAGAUUCCCGCCUUCUGUCGUCUGGGCCGAGGCGACUACUACGGCACUCACGCUUGGCUCGGACCUCAGGGAACGGUGAGCCCGUUGCACAAGGACCCGUACCACAACUGUCUGGCGCAAGUGGUGGGUAGCAAGUACAUUCGCAUCUACCACCCGCGCCAUCAAGCGUGCCUCUACCCCUUUGCCGACUUCACCAGAAAGAACUCGUCUCAGGUCGAUGCAGAGAAUCCCAACCUGGACUACUACCCACGCUUUGCCGACGCGCCCUACCUCGAGUGCGUGCUCGGUGCCGGCCAAAUGCUGUACAUUCCCAAGGGCCACUGGCACUAUGUCCGGUCAUUGUCGCGAAGCUUCUCCAUCAGUUUCUGGUGGCAAUAG